AUGGGGUCCGCCGCAGCCGCACGGACGGCGGCCGCGAUCCGCCGCGUAGCCCGCCUCCUCCGCCCCGCCGGUGCCCUCAUCCACCCCGCGCGCCCGCUCCCACGCCCGGCAAGGUCCCUUCCCCGCCCCGAGCGCUACUUCCUCUGCUCCUCUACGCCCCGCGGGUGCCCUCCUCCGCCCCGCAGGACAUCGAUCCUGUUCGUGCGAGAGGUGGUGGGCUGCUCUCCGGUUCGCUACCAUGGCGUCUUCCACCCCGCGCCUCCCCACCUCCGCCCCGGGUGUCCCCUCAUCCACCCCGCGCGCCCGCUCCCGCUCCCACUCCCGUCAAGGGGCCUUCUCCGCUCCGAGCGCUACUUCCUCCGCUACGCCCCUACGCCCCGUGAGUGCCCUCCUCCGCCCGGCAGGACAUCAAUCCUGUUCGUGCGAACGGCGGUGCUCUGCGCUCCGGUUCGCGACGAUGCCAUCCACCUCCACGCGCGUCGCCUCCUCCGCCCCGGGAGUCCCCUGCCCCGCCCUGCGCGUUCCCAGCGACGCUCAUCUACCACCGUGAGCGAACUGGCGCCCGCCGGAUCGGAGGACUGGAAGCAGUGCAUGGAGAAGGUUACUGAUCGCUUGGAUUCAAUUGAGGCGCUGACCAAGGAGAACUCUCUGGGAACAGCAAGAAUUACUGAAUCUAUUGAGAAGAUUGUUGAAAAGCAAGACCAGAAACCAAAACGAGACUGGGGAUCUGUCACCGUCUACGGAAGGCCUCUGAAUUUACCAGGAGUAGUCUCUUUAGUUGUAUCUAUUGGCUCCAAGAUCCUCGGAUAUUAAAGAGCUAAUAAGGAUGUCAGGAAAAGCUGCCUUAUGAAUUAGUGACCAGAAGUUAAUGUCUGUUGAUACAAUGCUAUGAUACGUACCCUUAGGAGAAGCUGCCCUUGUAAUACAUGCUGAUAUGAUAUUUUUUAGGCCUAUGUUGAGGUCUAUGUAGUUUUGCGUGGAGGAUUCUGAUGUGCUGUGUUCAUACAAUACUAAGUUCCUACUAUGUUUCUUAGUUUGUUGAUAUUGAGGUCUACGAGGUGCCUCUGGAGGAUAAAGCUGUUGUGUUCAUACGAUACUAUGUUUGUUAUUUGUUGAUAUCUUGGUUAAA